AUGUCGGGGCAACUUUGCAAAAGAGAUGGAAGAUCAGGAUCUGGAGCAAGCAGCUCUACUCCUUAUAUAUAUUUCUCACGGCUCCGAGUUUUAGAAAAUACAGUAAGUAAUAAGGAGCCUACCAGUAAUCUUUAUGACCAUGGUCAGGACACAGUCAUCUUGGAGGAGGAAGCAGCUACUGACGAUUUGAACAGGCCAGAACAAAGUACCGAAAACCCAAAUGCACUAAAACAUUUUGUGUCAAUUCAGCAGAAAGUGAAAACUAUUGUAGCAUUCUCCAAGAGAAGCUGCCAGGCAACAGAAAGACUGCUGACAUACCAACAAAAUAAUGGGGCAGGUCAUGUUAAAAAACUUGUGCAGGAGGUGCCAACAAGGUGGAACUCUACUCUGUGUAUGUUGGAGCGAAUAGUUGAAAUUAAAGAUGCAGUGAAGACUUCACUUGAUUUUGAACAACUGACAGACGAUGAAUGGAACAUCUGCUCAGAACUCUGCUCUGCGUUGACGCCAUUUGUGCAGGUUUCAACACGGCUUAGUGCUGAGUCAUGUCCUACUGGCAGCCAAGUUAUUGUUCUGACAAUGGGAUUAUUAUCAGUGUGCACACAACUUUUGCAGAGGCCAUUUAACAGUGUGACAAGGAAUGUCGAAGAAUUAACAAAAGGCCUGAAGGACCGUUUCCACAAUGUAGAGAUGAGCAAGUCUAUAGGAGUAGCUACUCUACUAGAUCCACGCUUUAAAACUCUUGUAUUUGAAAGCCGGGUAGCAGCAGAAAAUGCAAAGAAGCAGCUUAUUGAACCAGUAGCACAAAAGAUGGGUGACAGGAGACUGACAAACACAGGCCAGAGUCAUGAAACUGUGUCGACUUCAACCCCCACUGAUCCCUCGUCAUUAUGGCGGGCCUAUGACGCAAUUGUAAAAUCAACACAGUCCCAGGGCACUCCUCAGUCAGCUGCUAUUGUGGAAGUGCAAUGGUACCUGGGCAGCCCAGUAGUUAGCAGAAGUGAGGAACCACUUGCAUGGUGGCGUGAAAAAUAUAUUUUCCCAAAUAUUUCUAAAGUGGUGAAGGAGAAAUUCAACAUAGUGGCCCCUUCUGUACAGAGCGAUUUCUGA